UUUUCUCUCUCUCAAUUAAUUAUUAGUUUUAAAACAAUAAUUACUACAUAUUUAGUGUUUUAUCUACAACAAUAAGUCAAUAAAGAACAAAUAGGAGUGCAUGUGAAUUUUCUUUGUCGAUUGACUUUUACAUGCCCUGAAAUUAUUGCAUCAUUCGCUUUAAAAAUUAAUUAAAACAUUUUAGAAGAAAAAAAAUCAUAAAGUGAUUCAAAUGGAUGAAGCAAAAUCGAAAAAUCCUCAGAUAAAUCCUGAAAAAAAGGUUGGAGCGGAUGGUUUAUCAAAAAAAGAGCGAAGAGCAUUAAAAGUUGCACAAAAAAAUGUUAACGGUGAUGUCAUUAACGUUAACCAAGACACGAAUAAUAUAAAAGUUAAAGUUACGGAAAAUGAAACAGGUCCCAGUAAAGCCCAAUUAAAAGCCGAGAGGCGAGCUUUACAAGAAAAACAACGACAAUUAAAAGAAGAGGCUAAGAAUGUUAAAAGUAAUUUAAAGGAAACGCCAAAAAAGCCUCAAAAUGAGACAUCCGACAAUAAAGAAAAAAACAAGUCUGACAAAGAUAUUACAAAAAAAGAUAUAAUAAAAAAGGAUAUAAAAAAAGAAUCAACUAAAAAACCAACUACAAAACAAAUCGAAUUAAAUCAAAUUAAUACCGAUUUAGAUCAAGAUCAAGUUUAUCUUUUCAAUCAUCUCCGAUUUAAAAGUUUUCUCGAUGAGGAAAAAUUAAAAAAAAAUUGUUGCGUUGAAGAUGGAGUUCACCCAACGUUUAUUCGGUUGGGUGUAAAAUAUCGCGAAAAAAUAAUUUGUGGUUCAAAUUCGCGCGGUUUAGGUUUUUUGGCCGCGUUAAAAGAUUUAAUUCGUGAUUACGAGCCUUCAAUGAAUGUGGAAUUUUGUCGAGGUCUCGAAAACGUAUUAAAACUCCAAUUGGAUUAUUUGCACAAAUGUCGACCCGUGUCCGUUUCAAUUACAAAUGCUAAUAGACAUUUUAAAACUGUUUUAAAUGAAAUGCAAACGAACGACGUUUAUUCCAUUGACGAAAAGAAGGAUUAUUUAAUAAAGUUUAUUGAAAUGUAUGUUAAAGAUGAAAUUGAAACUGCGGGACAGGCGAUUAGUUUGACCACGCAAGAAAAAAUAUGUAAUGGGGAUGUUAUUAUUACGUAUGGAUGGUGAGUUGUUAAUGUUAAUGUUUAGUAAGUUAACCCAUUAAGGACCAGUGAUAGAAAUAAUUUUGUCAAUAAGCGUCUUUUUUAAAUAUAGGUCUUUAGAAACAAUCUUUAAAAUAUAAAAAAGCAUAAUACAUUCUGCUAGAUUUUUUGAACGUUGCGUUAACGCAACAUUAGGACUAACUACUGGUGUGAAGUUAUCAAUAAAUCCUAGACAUAAACUUAAAACAUUAAUAAUUCCAUAACCAAUACAAUUUGGGUCACCAAAUUUCACACAGGUCACUCUAUGUCGUUGAAGUUAGCAACAGAUUCAGAAACGAAAUUCACAUUUUUACAGCGGACCAAACAAAUAGUGUACUCUAUCUAUAAUUUCGUAUUUAUUAGUGAUAAUAACCAAAAAAACAUCAAAAUUAGCAUUAAAGAGAGUAAAAUAGAUAACCCCUCUAAAACUUUCAAGUAAAAUUCAUUAUUAUUAAAUAAAAAUCACCCUUUCAUUAUGUGAAAAACUCCAAUUUGCAUUGAAAAAGCUUGAUGAUCCAUUAAGUCAACCCCAAAUAUCAAAAUCACUAUUUCGAAUAACAUAUCUAAGCACCACCCGGAAAUUCAGGGGAUAAGGGGUCGAAAUCACCCCCGAAAUACGUAAAAAAUUCAUAACUUUCUUGAAAAAUUUUGUGACACCACCAAACUCAGUCCAAAGAUCGAAAAUAAGGUUUCGAAUAACAUAUCCGCGAGAUUCGCGGAAAUUCAGGGGAUAAGGGGUCGAAAUCACCCCCGAAAUACGUAAAAAAUUCAUAACUUUCUU